AUGUCUGCACCUGUCGGUCCUCUGCUCGCUCAACUGCAGCAGCUCCCAGCUCGCUCGAGACAGGGAAUCAACGACCUUCGCCGAAGACUCUUCCAGCAGGGUGAGAAGCCAAAGAAGGAAGGCCAGUUCCUUCGCACCUCCUUAAGCGUCCACAGGCCCGUCUGGAUCACCGCUACCGGUGGUGUCUACACGAGCCUGGCAGCCGUCUACCUCACCAUGCGCUACCUGAAACGCGUCAGGUAG